AGCAGUCCAUCACGCGCCGUGCCCGCUGAAAGUUCCCAUCACGACACGGUAACGUUAUCCGUCCUUGCCCAUAGUAAUCAUCGCGCCCAAAACACAAACCACACAUUCCUCUUUACCCGGAAAAACGCGACAUUUCGCCACAGCCAUUCUAUAAAAAUACGCAUUUCCGCUUCAUUUCGCAAUUCUCAGACCUUUCUCUCCCAAUCUCUAAUCCUAUUGUUCAUUUUUCCCUCAUCUUCGAUUUUUAAUGGAGUGGCCCUCAUCGUCUCUCAAGCAGAAGAUCCGGUCAGCUAACUGCUUCCCGUGCUGCUUCCGCUCUUCGGAAGAAGGGGAGGAGGAGCCGGCGGUGGGUUCGUCGUUGAUCCGCUCAUCAUCGACGUGGAUCCGAUCGAAGGCGGCCGAGCUUCCUGAGUUCAAGGAGCGGUACCGAUGGCUUAUGGCGCGGAGCGGGAAAUCGUCGCAGCGCCGUGGAUUCGGGGAGUUCAGGUACGAUCCGUUUAGCUACGCCCUAAAUUUCGACGAAGGUGGUGAGGAGGAGGCCGAUGAAGCCGAUGGGUCUCGGUACCGGAAUUUUUCCUCUCGCCUCCCUGCGACCCCUCUGCAGCCCUCCGCUGGCGUCGCUUACAGCUAGCAGCUGCAGCAACGGAUCCAUCUGUGUAUGUGCUCGUGUCUACCGUGCGAUUUGAAGUUUAGGGAUCGGUUAUUGUGCUUGAGAUCUGGAUCUUGUUAUUGUAUGCUAGUAAAUCCCUUCUUUCUUUCCUGAACUGAAAUGUUAGGAUAAGUUGGAUUCACGUCGUCGCCAUGAGAGCGUGGCUCCAGCAGCCAUCCCGGCUCCAUGAAUGGGAUGCUAAUGAUUUUCCAUUAUUUUUGGAGUAAAUUAUAAUUAUUGUUUUGAAUGAAAGUUAAAGAUAUGCAUAAAUUAUAAAA